AUGGCGGAAUUAUUCCAGACGUGUUUUAUAUUUACGGUAGUAUUAUGGUUUAACGUCCUAUCAACUUCAUCAGCUGCUUAUAAUUUUAAUUGGUGCUACUUUUUCAAUGGUGACUGUUUAGUUCGAUGUCCAAAUAACAGGCAGCCAUUGGGCACAUAUUCCAACUUCGCUAUUAAAAAUAUGUUAUGUGGUAACAGCGGCUGGUGCUGCCCAAGGAGUUACUACGUACCGCCACCUGGAAGAAUGGCAGGGGACAAAACAACAACUACAACCUCAACAACUACUACUACCACUACGACUACGGCAGCGCCAACCACUACUACUACAACGGAACCCACCACCACUCUACCGCCAUCGACAACGCGGUAUCUCUCAGCGCCAGGUUGCGGUGUUCGUGGUCCGUCGACAAAGAUUAUAGGAGGUAUUCAAGCCCAGUAUUGCGAGUUUCAGUAUAUGGCCUAUAUUCAUCUGGAGGGUAGUCCGUGUGGGGGCGCUAUAAUAGAUGAUAGACAUAUCAUAACAGCGGCACAUUGUCUGUGGGAUUUAAAUGGACAUCAACCGGAAGUAGUUAUAGGCGAAUACAACAGAUCUCGCUUUGAGCCUAACUUUGAAUUUAAAACUACAAAUUAUAGAAAAGUUCCGCAUGGUGCCUAUAACUCCAGAACUUAUGAAAAUGAUAUAGCCAUAAUUAAGUUAAGGGAACCAAUAGAUUUCAGUCAGUUUCGAUGUUUACGACCGAUCUGCAGACCAGAUAAAAAUUUAAAAUUCCCUGUAAAUACGUUAUGUACAGUCACAGGAUGGGGUGUUACUGCAGCUUUUUAUGAUGAUUGCCUUUCACAUCGACCCCUUAAACAAACAGAAUGUCCAGUGAGUAAAUUUGUUUGA